GAAUUACCUCUCAUAGAGUUAUUGAAACUAUUCGCAACAAAUUGAAAAUCAAAAAAGUAGGGCAUGCGGGAACUCUGGACCCUUUGGCAACUGGCCUGCUGGUAAUUAUGCUCGGUAAAGCCACCAAAUUAAGCAAUCAAUUAAUUAGCCAAUCCAAAACCUACAAAGUAGAAAUGAAAUUAUUUUGUGAGACUGAUACCGAUGAUAUAACAGGGAAAAAUGUUAGCCAGGAAAAAUCUCGCUCGUUUGCCAUCAAGAAAAUCCAACAAGCCCUCUAUCACUUCACCAAUCAUGAAUACUACCAGCAACCUCCACGCUAUUCGGCUAUUAAAAUCAAAGGCAAAAAAUUAUAUCAAUAUGCUCGUCAGAAUAUCCCAGUAGAAAUCCCCUCUCGCCUAGUAAAAAUAAAAAAAAUAAAAUUGGUAAAUUAUUCACCUGACGAAGGCAAAAUAAAAUUGGUG